GCCGAACUGAUUACAUGACCGUCAAUCGCAAUGUUGAAGGGUGCAGCUUUACGAUUGAUGACUUUGAAGUCCAACACUCUUCUGCGUUAUAUUUCGCCCAUGUAAAUUGUUAAAUCCAAAGGUGGCAACCCUACGAUUCCGCACAGGUAAAUGCCAUGGGCGGUGCCCGACUGGACCACGUCAAAUCCCGCCCACACACAUACACACACCCCCGAGAAGCGACCGGCAACACCCACAAUAGCUGACGGCCAAAAAUAUUUAAAAUUAUAUUGCAUUCAAACAUGACGUGCACAGGUUGGCUGGCCUAUGAGAGAGAGAGGAAAAUACCACAGUGACGGAGGCCUAUUUAUAGGCAGGUCAACAACAGAGGCGCAUAGAGCGAGCUGGCAGAAUCCACCACUGGAAAAUAGCGGGCACGUCGCAGUGAGCAAUCGGGAAGCAGCUUGAUACUGAGCGAGCCAAGUUUCGAACUUCAAGUUGAAGUUUAAUUUUGGUUCAACCAGCCCUCCGUUGCGUGUCACCUGUCCAGAGGCAAAGGGGCUGACUGAUCUCAGAGGCUGCAAUGGACAGCAAAGAUGGGAGAAAGGCCAUCAAUCUGCCGAAUGUAUUCAGAGGUCCCGGGACGUACAACAGACUUGGCGAUGAGAAAUUGAGAGAUGACAUCGAUUGGACUGCCUCGGCGCAGUACAACAUGCACUUCCAGGCCAAGAGCAAGUGCAUUAUCAUCAACAACGAGAACUUCUCUCCGCAAACAGGCAUGAAUCGCCGGAAGGGCACAGACCGGGAUGCCAUGCAGCUGCAAGUGUGCUUCUUGAGCCUGGGCUUUCAAGUAGAAUCGUAUAAAGAUCUGACCUGCAAGCAAAUGGUCGAAAACUUGAAAAAAGCAUCGAGCGAGGACCACGGCACCCGCGCCUGCUUCGUGUGCGCCAUCCUUAGCCACGGGGAGGAGGGCGUGCUGUACGGCACCGACGGCACGCUCCCCGUCUCCAUCCUCGCAGACAUCUUCUCCGAGAAACAUUGCCCCUCGCUGGCCGGGAAGCCCAAGCUCUUCUUCAUACAGGCCUGCCGGGGUAGCAUGUUUGAUGAGGGUGUGGACCAGGUGGACGGAUUGCGGCGCAGCGACGAUACGGACAGCCGAGGCUACUCCAAGCCAGCGGUGGAGGACACGCUGCUCCCCAACUACGACUUCAUCCAGCCCGAUUUCCUCUACGCCUUCUCCACCGUACCAGGGUACUACUCGUGGCGCAAUGAGGAGAAGGGCUCCUGGUUUAUCCAGUCGCUGUGCGAAGAGCUGCUGAGGAAUAGCUCGCAGUUGGAGCUCGUGAAGAUACUCGUGUGCGUGAACCGCCGCGUGGCCACGCAGUACGUGUCCUGCUCACGGGACAUCACCUACAACGACAAGAAGCAGAUUCCGUGCAUCAUGUCCAUGCUCACGCGCGAGUUCUACUUCAAGUAGCGAUCGGGCGGAGCGGAGCAGCGGAGGAGCGACCGCCGUACUGACCGCAGAGCCUCCUGGAGUUUGGCGGAGUGACUCUUGUCAUCACUAGGGAGAAACCCUAACGGGGAAAAUCGCCCCUUCUUUUUUCUUGCAUGGAAGGGAAAUCAACUGAAUUCAUGCAACCGGAUGGACUACACCAAGGGUGGAGAAUCUGGGGGCAUGCGAUUUAAUUUCAUGCGGCCCAUAGCCACGAGGCCUCAGAACUUUGUUGUCCUUACCCCGCCCCUCCGAUUUAGCACGGUUGGCUACGUACGGUGCGAAAAAAAGUUCCACAUACAUACAAUACGGUCUGCAAACGAUGUUUAAUCCGUCACUGCAAAGAUAUGGGGUGGUCGAAUCGGGUAAAAAAAAGGGGAAAUAUUGUCGACCUGGCAACUUGUUUCUAAUUUUUGUCGCGCUCAGUCACUUCUGUCAUUGCGAGUGCCUCGUUCAACGGCAGAGGAGACUAAGGUGCAUGUUCAUUUGCCCCACCAAAGGAAUUUGAAAGUUAAAUUCCCACCCCUGGACUAAAAGAUUUGUGUAAAACUAUGUUCCAUCAAUCUAAUUAUGACCCAUCUCAUAGGGUUAAUAAAAAAUGUAAUAGUUCGAUUAAAACAAUAUAUUAUAUUUCGAUUUAAAGUUUUCGUGACUGCAGGGAUUCAUAU